CCAUGGGGCAGAGCCCCUGCCUCUUCGGCCGCACUGCCCCAGCGCCCCGGGACCGGCUGGAGCUGCCCGACCGGCUCCUCCCGGUUUCUGCGCAAGCGACGGUGGCAUUGGCGUCUGAAUCUCGCAGCGGCGCCCCCAGCUGAGCCCGAUACCCCAACCUAGCCCGCACUGGGUUGGUAGGUGUAGUUUCGCCCGGCCCUACCCAACCCCGCUUUUCCCAGGCGCGUUCACCGCGGGGCAGGCGUGCACUAAGGAGUCGGCCGCGGACGAGCGGAGUGCGCGCGGCUGAGCUGCAGCUCAGUUGUUGCUGUGCGCGGAGAGGAGUCGUAGGAGCCAAGCGGUGCCGGGGUCAUCGGUGGGUUUAAUUUGGAUUAAUCAGUCUGGAGCAAAAGGACAUGACUUUUCAGAGGAAAUGUUAGCAACUGGGCUGUUAGCAACUCCAAAAGUGAGAUUCAUAUGAAGAGCUCAGAGAAAAGCGUUUUGAAGUAUAUGCCCAGCAAAGCUCAUCUCAUCUCAAGGGUGUUAUUCACCUCCCUUCUGCCUCUGUCUAUGAGUUUGGUCAGCCAUGGCUAGAGAAGUUUAUUUAUUGCUUCUUUUAUUGUUCUGUGGGGGAACAAUUUCUGAACGGCAGCCUUUGCCUCAAAUGCCUUCCGAAACUCUAGAUUUUGGGUAUGUUCCCCACAAGAUAUACAACACCAACGCUUACUACGAGCCCGGAACAAUAGGGAUUUUGUUCCGCAUGGUCCACGCUUUCCUCUGCAUAGUUCAGCCCAAUUACUUCCCUCAAGAUCUUAUCAAAAAGUUAGCACUGCAGACAUUUGGAAAUAAGCCUGGUGAUUAUCAAAAGCCCGAAAAUGUUGUAUUGACUCUUCAGGCAGUUUACUAUGAAAUUGGCUUCAUAAUCUCAGCUGCCCUGGGAAUCCUAUUUGUCCUGUUGCUUCCACUGAUUGGCCUCUGUUUCUGCCUGUGCCGAUGUUGCGACAAUUGUGGUGGGGAAAUGCACCAGAGACAGAAAAAAAACACCAACUGUCGAAGGGGCUGCUUCACUGGCCUCCUCUUGGUAGCUACAUUGCUAAGCAGUAUUGGAGUGUUUUUUGCCUAUGCGGCUAACCAGCAUCUCACAAGCCAAGUCCGAGGAUCCAGGGGACUCAUGAACAAUAAUUUCAGAGACCUUCGGAUGUUCCUGAAUGGAACUCCUGGGCAAAUCGACUAUUUGGUGAAUCAGUAUAACACUACCAAGAAGAAAGCACUUUCUGAUCUUAAUAAUGUUGAGACAUUGCUUGGCAGUCGCGUCUGGGAACAGCUGGGAAAGGAGGUAUACCCUGCUCUUGAUGCUGCUCUUACCAUGGCAGGAGCUAUUAGAGAGACAAAAGAGGCACUGGAGAAUGUGAGUGGGUGUCUGGAAAUGCUACAAGAGGGCACUGAGAAGUUGCACACGAGCCUGAUAGAUGUGAUGGAAGACUUGAUAGAUACUCUUAAUGAUUCAGCUUGCCUGGCUAACCAGGUUGCUUCAACUUGCAACCUUAUCAGAAAUUCUUUGAAUCAGCUGACCAUUAAUGCUAAUUACAGCAAGUUACCAGGAGUGAACCCUCAGCUUGCCAGAGUCAAUGAAGUCCUUAAAAUAGACCUUUCCAAUCUCAUUCAAAAGGGUUAUGCAGCAUUUAAUGAUACUCCUGAACUGGUACGGGAUCAAACAAAGAAUAUUUUGUCAGAUAUUAAAAGUAUCUUGGAAAAUGUUGGUUCAAACAUCACAGCCUUUACUAACAAGCUUCCCAUUCAGGAGAUUCUAACAGAUUCCGCAGUAUAUCUCACUCAGAGUGAAGCGUAUGUUGAAGAUUAUUUUCCAUUAGUGGAGCAAUAUGAUUUCUACAGGUGGCUGGGCUGCUUAAUCCUAUGCUGCAUGGUGAUCCUGAUCCUGGUCUUUUUCUACCUGGGAUUAUUAUGUGGUACAUGUGGCUAUGACAAAAAUGCAACACCAACAACCAGAGGCUGUGUCUCAAAUACUGGAGGAAAUUUCUUGAUGGCUGGAGUUACUUUCAGCUUCCUCUUCUCCUGGGUUCUGAUGCUGACAGUGGUGGUCACUUUCAUUGCUGGUGGAAACAUGGAGAAGCUGAUAUGUGAAUCAUUUGAUGACAAGACUUUAUUCAAAAUUUUGGACACACCCUACUUGCUUAAUCGCCAGUGGAAACACUAUCUAUCUGGCUUCAUUCUGAAAAACCCAGAUAUUGACUUGACAUUUGAAAAAGUUUACAGUGACUGCAAGGAAAAUAAAGGCAUUUAUGCUACACUUCGCUUGGAAAACCUUUUCAAUAUCCAUAAAAUCCUAAACAUCAGCAUGUAUGCAGAGGAUGUGUCACUUAAAAUCAAGUAUAUCAAUGUAAAUUUAAGCAAUAUAAUUUUACUGAGCAACACUGGAAAAGAGAACCUGUUGACUUUUGGUUCUUCUGGAAUAAAUGAAAUAAGCUUUGCAGCAUACCUGUCAGAGAUUAACAAGAGCAUCACCAAAAUUGAUCUAUUGUUAUAUGCUAAUGAUUUGGAAGCAAGAGCAGAUCAGCUGCCCAAAGGAGCAUUAGAAAACGCUUUGAAAGGACAUGCAAAUACGAUUCGGCUGAUACAUAACCAGCAAGUUGUUCCGUUGGAACAAGGAAUGAAAUAUGUUAGAGCUAGGAGUACUUUAAACCAGAGUAUUCGGUUACUACAGAAAACUUCAUUAGAACUUCCAGAAAAGGUGAGAAGUGUAAUCAGUGCCAUUGAAGCCACUCAACUUCUUAUAAACAACAAUGCUUCAUUUAUAAUCGUCCAGGAAGCUAAGAAAUACAUGGAUACUAUCUUAGGUUACUUUGAGCAGUAUUCAAUGUGGGUGAAGGAUUCGAUUACUACACAAGUAGCAACCUGUAAACCAAUUGCAAAUACGAUUGAUACAGCUAUCGAUAUUUUUCUGUGCAGCUAUGUAAUGGAUUCUUUGAAUGCCUUCUGGUUCGGACUAGGAGGCUGCUGCAUUAUGCUGAUCCCUGCCAUUAUUUGUGCAGUGAAACUAGCCAAAUUCUACCGCAGGAUGGAUACUGAGGACGUGUACGAUGAUGUUGAAACUAUGCCCAUGAAAAAUUUGGAAAAUGGUAAUAUUGGUUAUCAUAAAGAGCAAUUAUAUGGUAUACACAAUCCAGUUAUGACAAGCUCUGUGGAACAGUGGUAACUCAGACUGGAACUAUUAACCCGUCUGGAAACAACAGUUUCUCCUCAAGGGAAGCACAGCUGAACCAUCAUGUUUGAAGAAAGCAAAGCAAAUUAAUCUUGCAUAAAAAAGAAUUACUGAAUCUUUGGUCAUAAAGUUAAGGCAGGUUAAUGGCAAUUGGGCCACCUGGCCUCAGUUUUUGCUGCCAAGAAACCACUGAAACCAUUAAUCUGUUAUGGGUUUUGUUCUUGUUUCAUAAAAUAAUUUUCAUUUUUUUCUUGUACCAUAUAAAUGAAAUAAAACAGGCCUAAGUGUUCUCAUUUUAUCUUAUUUUUGCUUCACCUGAAUAGUUUGUUCAAAAUGAAUUAGAUUCUUCUUAAAAUGUCCAAUAAUGUUUGUACGCUAUAUAAAAAUAUGUUUACAUGAAAAAUGCAUUUGAAUACAGAGACUUUUGUACCUGAGUUUUUUACAGCUGUCUCACAACAAAAGAUUUGUUAUCUUUCAUAAGAUAACAAAAAGAUUUGUUAUCUUUCAUAAGUAACCUGUUCAGUGAUCAACAUUUCUCUGGUGCUGUUAAAAAUGAAAGUGGGGGGGGAAGCAACCAUGGAACUAUAGAUCCUGUCUUGUGCUGAUUUCAGAAAUAUGAUUAUAAAUGAAGGUUAAUAUUACUUUUUCUGAAUUCUUAUUUAAGACAGUAUUCUUAUUUAAGCUGAAACAUAUAUCUAUGUGAGGAGAGCAAUAUAUGGCUGAUUUGUCUGUCUCUGAACACACAGAUAGACAAAAAAGCAGUGGGGAUCUUUUGUAAUAUGAGAAGAGAUAUUCCCAAAAAAUCUAACUGAAGCUUCAGUAAAGUGAUUAGAUGCACCAGAAGACAACCACUGACUCAUUCUGGUGUAACAUCUAAAUAUUAUAAAUCUCCAUUAUGUUCCCACUGUGAAUAAAUCUGAUUCUCUUAUGCAUCAUUUCUCAAUCACGGAAGCUGUGUUGAGCUUGAAUUUGUGAUACCAUGUUUUCCCCAAAAUAAGCCCUAUCCCCAAAGAAGCCCUACCAUGUUUUUGAGCAUGCGCCCAAUAUAGGCCCUACCCCCAAAAUAAACCCUACUUAAGCACCUUUGCAGCCAGCCUGCUGCCCAUUCCAUUUGACUGGAUGUGCAACGGCUGCAAGGCAAGCCAGGGGGGGAGCUGCCCCACACAUCCUGCACCAGCUUACCUCAGAGCCUUCACAGCCAGGCCAUCUAUGCCCUGACACCUGCCUUACCUCAUAGUGCUGGCUCCACCAGCCAUGUCCAGCAGAGCCUUGUGUGUCCACCAGCCCACUUCUUAGCUUGCUUGUGCGGCCACAACAGAGCAGGGUGCUGAGUGAUGUGUUGGUGCUGUGGCCAUGAGGCAAGGCAGGUGUCAGGGUGUUGAUGGUCUGGUAAACUGGUGUGGGGCACAUGAAGAAGCCCCACCCCCAUCUCACCUUGCAGCCAUGUCAUCACCACAUCACUCGGCCUCCUGCUCUAUUGCGGCCAUGUAAGCAAGCAGAAAAAGUGUGCCGGCAGCCACACAAGGUCCUGGACGGUGCUGCUGGAGCCGCCACCGCAAGGCAAGGCUGAUUUGGGGGCGUGGGUAUCCUGGCUGCAGGACCCCUAAGGUAAGCUGGUGCGAGAUGUGUGGGGCAGCUGCAUCCCCUGCCUCGCAGCCGCGGCACUGACAUGCCACACAGCCUCCUGUCCUACCGUGAGCAAGCAGAAGAAGUGGGCCUCCCAUGUACUCUUAAAGUACAUGGGGAAAAAAAUAAAACAUCCCCCAAAAAUAAGCCCUAGUGCUUAUUUUGGAGCUGAAAAGAAAAUAAGGCUGGAUCUUAUUUUCAGAGAAACACGGUAAUUAAGGAAAAGGUUCAGAAAAUCUCAGAGCUGCUUUGCAAUGGCUGACAUUGCCAAAAGUGUGACUCUGAUUUUCCAGUGUGUAAGUAAUAAACUGUGAUACAACAUUGUUUUUGAACAAUGGAAUGGAGUAUAAAUGAUUUGUACAAUUAUGAAGCGGGGACAGUACUACUAAAUAACAAUUGCAGAAAGAAUGUGAAGAAAUAUUGUGGUAUAUGCUAAUAAUACUGAGAAUGUGUUCUUACAUAUACAAUCAUUCAUUUUGGGAGAUCCAGAUUUUCCAAGCUGGAUUUAAAUUCUAAUAAGAAUAAUUCUAAGUUAUUUAAAGAUUGGACAAUUAAUAUACACGUAUCAUUUAAUUAUGUAAUCUGUGCAAUCAGAGUAAACCAUGUGAUUCAAUACUUCUGCCUAACACCAGGGUUUAAAAAUAGUUUAUAUUCCAUUGAUUGUAGGAAGUUUUUCAGGACAAUUUUUUUAAAGCUAUCCAGUAUUUAGAAUAUUUAAGAGGGUUGGGUGUAUCUGUUAGGGGUGUGUGUGUGUGUAUUCAAUAUUAUAGAUUUAAUGCAUUCUUUUUAAUCUGACAGUGUCUUUCAAUCAUUUAAAUAAAGUCUUGAUUGAUAUUUGUUUCAAAUGGAAGAAGUUGGUAAACAAGAUUAAAACUUUGUUGUGUAUCAGAGAUAAAUGGAUUCUGUUUAAGCAACUUUUUCCAGUUGUGCUGGUGGGCAUUGGCAUCCAUAAUAAACCAUGAUGGCAUGU